AUGACUGCACUAAUUUUUCAAAAAGAAAGAGAAAGAUAGAACUUGCACAUGACCUCCUGCAAGAGCAGAUCAGAGCCCAAACACCAAAUCCCUUAACACAAAAGGUUCUCCUUAGUCAAAUAUCAGGGCUGUACUACCCUGUUGGCCUUGUGACUCCUGCAAAGCAAAAAGAAGCUAUGUUGGUGAGAAGAGCAUUCCAGGAAGCCAAAGAUGUUCCAAACCACUUUGUGAAGGACACAUGGGAUGUACCACUUACUGAAGACCUCAGAGAAGAUGCAGUAAAGAUCUUUGAAGAAUAUGCCCAACUAGGUAGAAUCAAAUUUUUCAGGGCUCUAACCCCCUUGUGAGUUUGCAGUGAUCCUGUUGCUGUUACAUUCUCUGAUGGGAGUGAACAGAGUGAACAGGCGGCGAUGUACCUGAGGUGGAGUUCACAAGAAGGCCCAGUCAUUAGGUUGGUGGAAUCGAAGGCUAAGUUAACACCUUUGGAUCAAAAGGGUGAUGUAGUCAAAGCAGAGGUAUGUGGAGCAGUGUUUGCAUCAUGCCUGAAAACAUACUUUGAGCUUCACAGCAGGGGCGGCGUUAGGCCCGGCUACUUGGGCUGAAGCCCCGGAUGUUUUAUGAAAAGCCCCGGAUCUAAAUUGCAGAAGUAACAUGCAGUACCAAAGUCCAACAGAGAGGGAGCAGCUGGCAGUAGUUUGUAUACAGCCUGCCUGAGCCUCCACCACUGAAGAAGCCUUUCAGCAGCCGGCUUCUUCCACACUCUCUGCCGGAAACACAUGAGUGAAUAUGGACUGUUCUGUCCCAAGUAAAAGAUUAAAAAGGAUUCAUGAUAAUUUAGUGAUAAAAACGUCAUAUUUCAUUUGUGGUAAUUGAUGUUAAAAAAGAGAGUCAUUUAGUUAAAAAAAUAUUUUCUAUACAGUCAGCAUUAGUUUUUCUGUAUCUUAUUUUGAAGGAGAAAUCUGUGUUCACAAUGCAUUGUGGGAAGCAGAAGCUACAGUCAGUUGGGAAAAAACGUUGUACAGAAAGCCUGCUUAUCCGUGUUUAAACUUCAUCUCCUGUGCCCUGAAUCUUUAUAUACAUCAUCGAAAGCAAUGACUUUUCACUCAGCACUUUCAUCGAGCUAUUCAAGCCACAAUUGUAAAAGAUUGUAAGCUGUCAAGAAGACCGUAAUAAAGGAGUAAGACGCUCAGUUUCCUGGCUCAUGAAAAAUGAGUUUGGCUUGCUGUUGACCUGCGUUAACAUACACGGUGUAUCCAACACGUAGCGAUAACAGUACAGUGAAAAGUCACGUCAGCAGUUGGUGGAAGAUAAAGUAUAUGCCACAGCGAUGGAUGCCCACGGGGAGAAGGCAGAAGAAAUGGCUAACUCAGGAGACAAAGCAUCAUCAGAAGCUAGCUCUCGAUCCAAAUACUCUGGCUCCAAGCGCUCAUCUUCCAAGUUGUCCUCAAGGUCCAGUGUAUUAGAAGCAGCCAUCUUUGCAAGAGCUUCUGCUGAAGCUACAAACACCAAAGCCUUGUACAGUAAGAGACAAUUGGAAAUUAAAAAGCAGCAAGCAAACCUGGAAAUGGAUUUACAGAUAUUAGAGAUAGAAAAAAAAGCUGCAGCCGCUAAGGUAAAAGCAGAGGUCCUGGAAGCUGCCGCAGCUGUCGAACAAGACAAAGGAGAAAGUUUAAAAAGUUCAGUCCCACCACAAGUUACCAGACAGAGAACUAUGGAGUAUGUGCAACAUCAAAGCCAGCUAAAGUCACACCCGGCUGAAGAAGCAACACCUCAAGUCAAACUGACAGCAAAGGCACCAUCAUUCACUCCAAGGGAGCCAACCUGCUCUCCACCUGUACUCUCAAAAAUGUACACAGAGGAGGAAACUUUUGGCCCACCAAGAGAGUAUGUUGAACCGAAAAGUCACCAUGCUCCUCACAAUAGUGAUACACCUAUGGCUGACUUUGCUAAGUUCCUUGCACGCAGAGAGUUAAUCACAACAGGGCUCUUUAAGUUUGAUGACAACCCCGAAAAUUUUAGAGCAUGGCAGUCUUCAUUCUUAAAUGCAACUGGAGGCAUUGAUCUUACAUACAGCCAGCAGUUAGAUCUCCUAGUCAAAUGGCUCGGUAAAGAGUCCUCAGAGCAUGUUAAAAGAAUCCGGGCUGUUUAUACCAGUAGCCCCAAAGCUGCCUUCCAGUUGUCAUGGGAUAGGCUGGAGGAGUGUUAUGCUACACCUGAAGUAGUAGAGAAUGCCCUGUUUAAAAAACUGGACGGUUUUCCUCGCCUUACAAAUAGAGACAAUGUUAAACUUAGGGAACUAGGAGAUUUGCUCCUAGAGCUGCAGGUCGCUAAAGACGAAGCCUACCUCCCAGGCCUCGCUUACCUUGACUCGCCACGCGGGGUUAAGCCCAUAGUGGAAAAGCUGCCUCCAAGCUCACAAGAUAAAUGGCUCCACACUGGUUCAAAAUACAAACAGAAUUAUAAUGUGACAUUCCCUCCAUUCUCAUACUUUGUAAAGUUUGUCCAAGAGGAGGCAAAAGCGAGAAACGAUCCAAGUUUUGUGUCGUGCAGCAGCCAACCCCUCAACAAAGGUGAGAGACCACCAUUCAAACAAACUAGCUACAAAUCACCUCUAACUGUAAAUAGAACAGAGGUUGAUACAAGUGCCUCUGCUAGUAUCAGAGAGGAUGAUCUAACACGUUAUUGUCCAGUCCACAAGAAAACGCAUCCUCUAGCCAAAUGUAGAGCUUUCCGGAUCAAACCACUACAAGAAAGACAAAACAUACUCAAAGAACACAAACGAUGUUUUCGCUGUUGUUCUCCCAUGCACACAAUAAAGGACUGCGACCUGAAGGUCAAGUGUGAGGAGUGCCAAAGUGAAAAACAUUGCUCUGCCAUGCACCCUGCCACGGGUCAAAAACCCCAGCCACAAAAUGCACCUGAACCAGAGCCUCAGCUCCAUGACAACACUCUACCCAAGGUAACGUCACGAUGCACUGAGAUCUGUGGUGAAGGCUGUCCUCCGCGUUCUUGCUCCAAGGUAUGUCUAGUUCGAGUUUUCCCUAAAGGUCAACCAGAACGGUCUGUUAAGAUGUACGCCAUUCUUGAUGAUCAGAGCAAUUGCUCGCUGGCACGUCCUGAAUUCUUUGAGCUAUUUGGAAUCAAGGGUAGCCCUCUGACAUACCAUAUGAGAACGUGUGCUGGUUUAACUCAAAUGCUCGGCAGGAAAGCAGUGGGGUUCCAGAUUGAGCCUAUAGGUGAAGGCCCACGUCUAGAUCUUCCUCCUCUCAUUGAAUGUGAUGAGAUAGUAUUUAACAGAGAUGAAAUACCUACACCUGAAGUCGCUCUUGCCCAUGCCCACUUGAAACAUCUGGCUCCCCUGAUACCUAAGCGCGACCCAGCAGCCCAGAUUGCAGUUUUACUGGGCAGAGACAUCAUACAAGUCCACAAGGCACGACAACAAGUCAACGGACCCCACAACGCUCCCUUUGCUCAGCGCCUAGACCUAGGCUGGGUAAUCGUGGGGGAAGUAUGCCUCAAUGCUCACAGGCCAACGGUCAAUGCCUAUAAAACUCACGUGCUGUCUAACGGACGACCAUCUCUCCUCACUCCUUGUCCUAACAGCAUGAAGAUCAAAGAAAAACCAUGCUAUGGCGGGGAGCACAAGAGUAGCUUCUUAAAACACAGUUCAAAACUCAACGCAGCAGAAGAAAAGCUUGGAGAGAAAGUUUUUGAGCACACAGAGUAUGACAACCAGCAUGCCCUGUCCUUUGAGGAUGAGACCUUCCUUAAGAUAAUGGAAAAGGAAGUCCACCAGGAUGGAAACAAUAACUGGAUUGCUCCUUUACCAUUCAAGUCCCCUCGCUUGCCACUUCCAAAUAACAGAGACCAAGCACUGUCUAGACUUAACUCACUGAGACGCAACUUAACCAAAAACCCUCAAAUGAAAGAGCAGUUCUCAGAAUUUAUGGACAAGCUGUUUAAAAACAACCACGCAGAGAUUGCGCCACCCAUUGAUGAGAACACUGAGUGCUGGUACCUGCCUAUUUUCGGCGUAUAUCAUCCCCAGAAGCCCGGUCAGAUACGGGUGGUCUUUGACUCUAGUGCCGAGCAGUCCGGCGUGUCACUCAAUUCAGUGUUAUUAACAGGCCCUGAUCUCAAUAACACCCUCCUUGGUGUCCUGAUUCGGUUUAGGAAGGAGCUCAUUGCAACCACCGCUGACAUCCAGCAGAUGUUUUACGGGUUCCUGGUUAGACCAGACCACAGAGAUUAUUUGAGGUUCCUGUGGCACAAGGACAAUGACUUGUCAAAAGAGGUGCAGGAGUACCGCAUGCGGGUACAUGUUUUUGGUAAUAGCCCGUCACCAGCAGUAGCCAUCUAUUGUCUUCGAAGAGCCAUCCAAGAAGGUGAGGCAAAGUUUGGAGCAGACACAAGACACUUUGUCGGGAGACACUUCUAUGUCGAUGACGGGCUGAUUUCAGUUCCCACAGAGUCUGUAGCCAUCGACCUGCUCAAGCGCACAUGUGCAUCCUUAGCUGAGUCUAACCUCAAGCUCCACAAAAUCGCCUCGAAUAGUGUCACAGUCAUGCAAGCAUUCAAGCCAGAAGAUUUGGCCUCCGGCAUCAAAGACUUGAGUCUCGGCGACGAUGCUUUACCGGCCCAAAGAAGUUUAGGAAUGUGCUGGGACAUUAACACUGACUCAUUUACCUUCAAGGUAGCUGUCGAUGAUAAACCCUAUACCCGCCGCGGGGUUCUCUCAGUGAUUAAUAGCAUCUUCGACCCCUUAGGACUAGCAUCGCCAGUGACAAUCAAAGGCAGACUCUUGUUACGCAAAAUGUCAAAAGGAGUCCAAGAUUGGGAUGCUUCUCUCCCCCAAGAGGAGAUGGAUGCAUGGGAAACAUGGAAAAUGUCCCUCCAAGAUCUGAGCAGCCUCAGAGUGCCACGCUGCUAUGUACCGGCCUCCCUUUCCAAGUCCACUUACACUGAACUAUGUGUCUUUAGUGACGCCUCAAGCUGGGCUGUUGCCGCAGUUGCAUAUUUGAGAACAGUCAACGCGGAUGGACAAUGUGAAGUUGGAUUUGUGCUUGGGAAAGCAAAACUUUCACCUCAACCAGAACCCACAAUACCUCGUCUUGAGCUUUGUGGAGCAGUUCUAGCGGUGGAGAUGGCAGAGCUCAUUCUGGAUGAACUUGAUCAUAAACCAAACACUGUCAAAUUCUACUGUGACAGCAAGGUGGUUCUUGGGUACAUUUGCAACAAUUCAAAGCGCUUUUACGUCUACGUACAUAAUCGAGUUCAUCGUAUACGCCAGUCCACAUCCCCUGAACAGUGGCAUUAUGUUACAUCAGAGCAAAACCCAGCUGAUCUAGCAACCAGGUCGGUACCAGCAUCGCAGCUCAUGGACACUAUGUGGUUUAAGGGACCAGACUUCCUUUACAAACUACAUGAACCAGAGACACAUGAAUCGUUUGAGCUGGUUGAACCUGAAGUGGACUCUGAAAUCCGACAAGUUGGUACUUUCAUUACUCAGACUAAGAAGAGCGGACUCACACCAGAACGCUUCCAACGCUUUUCAAGCUGGACAUCACUGGUACGUGCCAUUGCCUUCUUAGUUCACCAAGCUCGUUCUCACUCAUCAAGCAACUCGUCAAAUCAUUCAUGUAGGGGCUGGCAUAGAUGCAGAGAACCACGCACUCCAGAGGAGUUGGAUGCCGCCAGUAACCUCAUUCUCCAGUCUGUUCAAAAGGACGCCUUUCCUGAUGAGUAUGCUGCUCUCCAAACCAGUCAAACCAUCCACAGCUCUAGCCCCAUUGUGGCCCUUGACCCCUUCUUGGAUGAAAGCCUCAUCAAGGUUGGAGGUCGCCUCAAACAUGCUUCAUUGGACCCAGCGUUAAAGAAUCCAAAAAUUCUGCCAACCAAGCACCAUGUGUCAAGGUUGAUUGUCCUACACUAUCACGCUAAGGUUGUGCAUCAAGGAAGGCAGUUCACAGAGAGUGCAGUUAGACAAGCUGGACUGUGGAUUGUAGGCUGCAAAAGACUGGUCUCAUCCAUCAUCCACCACUGCAUAACAUGCAAGAAACUCAGGGGGAAACUAGAGACUCAAAAAAUGGCAGAUCUCCCGCCUGAAAGACUUGAAACAUGCCCUCCAUUUUCAUACGUCGGGUUGGAUGUGUUUGGCCCAUGGUCAGUGGUCACUCGACGCACACGAGGUGGCGCAGCACAAAGUAAGAGGUGGGCAAUACUUUUUACAUGCAUGACUACAAGAGGUGUACACAUCGAAGUCAUUGAAUCUAUGGACACUUGCAGCUGCAUAAAUGCAAUACGCAGAUUCUUUGCAAUAAGAGGCCCAGCCAAGCAAAUGCGGUCAGACAGGGGCACCAACUUCAUCGCAGCAAGCGUGGAGCUUGGCAUGGCACAACCAAACAACAACCCUCCCGACAUUGUCAACCAUCUUCACGCCAACGGUUGCACAUGGGAGUUCAACCCCCCACAUGCGUCCCACAUGGGAGGCAUCUGGGAAAGGAUGAUUGGGGUAACUCGCCGAAUAUUGGAUUCAAUGCUCUUGCAGAACAAGCACACCCGUCUGACACAUGAGGUGCUUUGUACCCUAAUGGCUGAGGUAUCGUCCAUAAUCAACGCAAGGCCCUUGGUCCCUAUCUCAACUGACCCUUCCUCACCAUUCAUACUCUGUCCUGCGAUGAUACUGACCCAAAAGCAGGGCGUUCCUUCUCCACCAGGAGACUUUUGUGGAAAAGACUUGCUCAAAAACCAAUGGAAACAAGUGCAAGCACUCGCCAAUGGUUUCUGGAGUCGCUGGAGAAACGAAUAUCUCAACACCCUCCAAUCAAGGCGCAAGUGGCAUGGAACACACCGCAACCUUCAGUCAGGCGACAUUGUGUUGUUGAAACACAAUCAAGCACCCAGAAACGAAUGGACAAUGGCUAUUGUCACUGCGACCUUUCCAAGCCGUGAUGGGAAGGUCAGAAAGGUCGAAGUGAGGACAUCUUCCCAGGGAGUCUCAAAGACUUACCUGCGUCCCAUUUCAGAUGUUGUUGUGCUCUUAGAAAAGGAAAUGACUGAGAAAAAGUAGUGGUGGCAUCAGUAAUGCCAGGCGGGGAGUGUUCUGUCCCAAGUAAAAGAUUAAAAAGGAUUCAUGAUAAUUUAGUGAUAAAAACGUCAUAUUUCAUUUUGUGGUAACUGAUGUUAAAAAAGAGAGUCAUUUAGUUAAAAAAAUAUUUUCUAUACAGUCAGCAUUAGUUUUUCUGUAUCUUAUUUUGAAGGAGAAAUCUGUGUUCACAAUGCAUUGUGGGAAGCAGAAGCUACAGUCAGUUGGGAAAAAACGUUGUACAGAAAGCCUGCUUAUCCGUGUUUAAACUUCAUCUCCUGUGCCCUGAAUCUUUAUAUACAUCAUCGAAAGCAAUGACUGUAAGUUUAUUACAUGUUCUGGUUCUUUUAUAUGUUCAUAACAGCUGAUUUAGAGAUCGUUUUGUGAUUGUGCUUGUUCCAGGAAUUAGCCUUAUCCCAGAAACGGCUUUUGCUUAGAGCAUGGUCUAUUAACAUAGCAAUGAUGCUAGCGGCCUAAUUUGCAUAUCAGAGGAUUGUUCAAACUACUGUUUUCAUUACUUAGCAGCUGAGACUAACUUUGAAACAUGUUUUAUAUUAAUAGAUAUUUCUUUUUAUGCAUUUAUUUCACAUGUUAAAGAGCUAAAUGGUAUUUUAUUUCUGGUUUAUUUUCAGUUUCACUCAGCACUUUCAUCGAGCUAUUCAAGCCACAAUUGUAAAAGAUUGUAAGCUGUCAAGAAGACCGUAAUAAAGGAGUAAGACGCUCAGUUUCCUGGCUCAUGAAAAAUGAGUUUGGCUUGCUGUUGACCUGCGUUAACAUACACGGUGUAUCCAACACGUAGCGAUAACAGUACAUGGACAUAAGGAUGUUUUUUAGACAAAAAGUACAAAGACAGAACCACAGCUUUGAUGAUACUGGUGUUGACUCAGGUUUGUGAGCCUUAUUUGAAAAUAUUUGUUGUGCUGCUGGUUUGCCUAAAGUUAGCUUACUAUCAGGUAAAGUUGUUGGAGAAAGAAAGGGAAUAUUUGCUAUCAUCUCACACUAAACAGUAACAGGAACAAUACUCUGCCCUGAAUAUGCUUAACAUGUAGCUUCAGAUUAAAAAUUAUGUGGUGCAACACAAAUAUAUAUGAUGUUGACGUGUGUGUCAUGUGUGUGUGUGUGUGUGUGUGUGUGUGUGUGGCUGUGUGGCCCCGGCCCUUAUUCAGUCCUAAAUCCGCCCCUGCUACACAGCAGGAUCAAGGUUGGGAGAUGGUACCAUUUUGUUGAUAGCCAGACAGUCCUUGACACCAUCCAGAGGGAAAGUUAUGGUUUCCACACAUUCUUUGCCAACAGGAUUGGAGAAAUUCAAGGCAACACAAAGGUUUAAGAUUGGUGGUGGGUUCCUGGUUCCUUAAAUAUUGCAGACUUAACCACAAGAGGAGCCAAGCCUCAAGACCUGGAUGAAGAGUCUGAAUGGUAGAAAGGUCCUGUAUUUUUGACAUUGUCAGUGCACGAAUGGCCAAUCGAGUCUGCCAUAGAACUUGAAGCUACUGCUAGAGACAGUGUCACAAAACUACAAAAGAAAGCAUGUGUUGCUGUUCUAACAAGAAGUAAAGGAAGGGGAAGGCAAGAAGAGUCAAUACAGUAUCAAAACAAAGUCCAAUCAGACCUGAAACGGUCUCCUCAUCAGUCAUUAGUUCAAAACCUCAUAAACAUUAAACAUUUAAGCAAUCAUGUCCAAUUGGUCAAGACUAUUGAAUGGGUCUGGAGGGCGGUAAAAAAGUCCUUCAGAUCGAAACCAGCUGUGGAUCAAUCAAAGUGGGAGGCAGUUCCUUUGCAAGGAACUAUUUCUGUGACAGAACAAAAAGAUACUUUAACCCUUAUGUUGUGUUAGGGUCAAAACUGACCCGUUUUCGAGUUUAACUGUGUAAAAAAAUACACUUUCCUUUUUUGUCCUGGAAUGAGGCUUCAUCUAAUCCUCAGAUACACAUCUAUUUAAAUGCAGCAAAAUCAAUUUUUACAAUUUUAGUAAAUUCUAAAGGUCUAAAAAAAAAAGUUACAUCUGUGGUGUUACAGGUCCAAAAUGACCCGGCAGAGAAAACUGGCUGUUGUAUGCAUCACUUAAAAGCUGUGGGUUGUUCUGAGGAUCAAUUAUGGUCCAAUGUGCACAGUUAUGGCCCACAUCACCAACACACACGCGCGCGCACGCACGCACACACACACACACACAGUUCAAAUUAUGGUUUGUUUUAAUUGUUUCCUUUGUUUAGAUUAUGGUUAAUUCAGAACAACAUACCUGCGCUAACACAAUAUUAUUUUCAAUGUUCAGUUCAUGGUGAAUGCAGGUGCAUGUGCGCACACACAACCACACACACACAGUGUUGUUUAUCAUUGUUCAUUUUAUGGUUAAAUUAUUUGGUCAGCUGGUCUGGUGAAAUAAAAGUGGGUUUUAUGGGGGAAAAAAUUGACUUGUUGUCUUUAUCCUAUCAUUUAUAUAUGUGGGUAUGUUUUGACCUGAAACACCAAAGAUGACACUAUUGCUAAUAAUUUUAUAUAGUAAAAAAAAAUUUUUUUUGGGGGUAGGUGUACUUAUUAUUACUUAAUAUCAGUUUAUAACACAUGUAGAGUUUAUUAUUGCUCAUUCUAUAAGAAAAAGAAAUAUAUUUAGUGAAUUUAAACAGUUUUACAAUCAAAAACGAGUGGUAUAUUUUAAAAUACUGUGUCUGUGGAGCCAACUAAAAAACAAUUCACACACUGGUUCCAUUUCUAUGAAAACACACUAAGCCAGCAAUUAGCUGAAAAGCAACAUUUGAAGAAAACUGGAGAUUUUAAGCAUUUUCAAGCAUUUUUAAAUCAUGGGUCCAAAUGGACCCGCUACCACCACAGGUGUAAACAGCUUUCUAACACAGUACAAGGAUUAGGAGAUAUAUACCUUGCUGCACAACAAUGCAUGACAAUCCCAAGUACUACUACAGACAGGUUGGAUGUUUAUAGAGACCAGACCUCUGGAUUGCUAAUUUGUGGUGGAAGAGUCCAAUCCUUCAAAAAUGAUCAACUUGGAGUUCCCAUUCUGCCUUAUGAUGCUUGGGUUUCUACCUUGUUAGCCCGUAAAGCUCAUAACAAGACUACUAACAAAUAAAUUGAGGUUUCUCAAACCAAGAAAAUGAAAAGGGAACAUACAGAAGAAAACUUAUGUUAUCUGCCCCUUUUUAACUAAAAUGACAUUUUUACAAUUAAAUAACAAUAAUUAUAAAUUAGCCUAUACAAAAUAAUUGCUCGACUGGUUAGCUGACUUGAGUUCAAUUUGUAAAGAAGAAAGAGAAAAUUAAUAGUAAUAAUAACAAUUCAAAAAGCUAAAGGAUUUUUGCACAUAUACCUAUUCAUACAUGCAUACAUUAAAGUGCAUCACAUACCCAUAUGCUCGCACAUACUUCAUCUAUACAUAUCCAUAUAGACAUACACACGUAUCCACAUAUACACAAGUCCUCAGAAGCGAAAAUGCUUUUAAAAGGGAGGGAGAAGUACUAACUCUCGCUGCAGGCGUGUUGUGUGAGAGUGCAGUUAUUUACUGGUUAAUAUAUUUUUGGGUUCAGUUGCUUUCAUGUGGCCUAAUGUGAGUCUAUUUGGGAUCAUUGGAAUGAUCAGCAGCAUUUCUUGAUGUGACUUUAUGGCAGUCGCCCAGGGCAUCAUCACAAGGAGGAUGGCAUUCAUUUACUUUUGUUUUAUUUGGUAUUUUUUCAGUCAUUUUUGGAAAUAGUGAUUAAUUUUGAUUAAUUCACAGCCUAUGUUUAAUUACAUUUAAAAAUUAGUUUGACAUCCCCAGUUAUAAUAAA